AUGUGCAACCAUUAUCGUAAUAUUUUACCGCGCACUACUAAUUAUUUGGAGGGUCGUCAUUCACGAUUGAAGAAGCAUGUAAAUGCUCCGCAUCCCAAUAUUUAUGUUGCAAUUGGUUUAUUGCAAAAAAAACAAUCGUUAGCAUCUAUUUCAAGAUUACGAGAUAAUAUGGGAGCUCCAUCUCCAAAGCGUCGAAAAAAUAAAGUUAUAAUAGAUGAAUGUUUAAUUAAAUUAUGGCAGCGUUAUGAUGAAGGUCGUCUCGAUAUUCCAUCAUUCUUAAAAGCUGCUGGACCUAGAUAUUUUCAGCGUCCACCAAAAAGUUGA